AUGAACGACAAACAAAUGAUUGCACUAUGGUUAUACAAUCGUCGACGCAAAAGACAACAGAAAAAUCGUGUUUUUUGGGUACAUCCUAUUAAUGCUAGAAGAGAGGAAGUGGGAUUAUUUUAUACUUUAUUUAUUGACUUACGAAAUGAUGAAAAUAAGUUUUUUAAUUAUUUCCGUAUGUCAUAUGCUUCUUUUGGUGUAUUACAUGGACAACUCCGGGAUAAGCUUCAACGUGAAAACACGCAAUUUAGAAAUUGUAUACAACCAGUUGAGAUGUUAUCGAUAACAUUGAGGUAUCUUGCAAGUGGUUGUACAUUCACCGAUUUACAUUUCAGUUAUAGAAUAGGAAUUUCAACGGCAAGUAAAAUAGUAGAAGAAGUAUGUACAGCAAUUUGGUGCCUAAUGAGAGAGGAUUUUAUUCCAACACCAACGAAAGAAAUAUGGGAGUUAAUUGCUUCUGGAUUUGAGAAUAGAGCUAAUUUUCCGAACUGCAUAGGAGACGUCGAUGGCAAACAUAUCCGUUUAACUUGCCCACUUAACAGUGGGUCAAUGUAUUUUAAUUAUAAAGGAUAA